GCGGAAGCAGCUUUUUAUCUCAAACGUAGCUAAACCCAACCUUGCUGGUAAAAUAAUGAUUGUUAUGGCAUCGAAUACUCUUCCUAACCAGCUUAUUUAGGCGUAAACACCAAAUCUUGCUCGGAUUCUACACAUGUAUAAAAACAUGGAGCCUGUCAUUCGCGCCAAUUUAAAUCCUGCCUCCACCUUAAAUUUCUCGAAGCGAGCUGAAAGAAACCCGCCGGCGCGGAGAGAAAUUCCUUCCUGGAACAGCAAUGGUGGAGAGGAAGGGUUCAAACGAGAAAGGGGCGAUGAGAAACAGUUUUCAACCACUGGGACGCCAUCAUGAACAGAAAUGUGACAGAGUAGGAUUCCAAUCCUACUCGUGGUGCAUACGAUGAUAAUAGGGCAAGGAGGAGCUUGUCUUACCAGCAUCAGCGAGAGUAACGCAGGGGACUUAUAGUAUCCACACUUGGAAAUAUUUCAACUGGAAUAUUCAACACCUCACCAUCGACUUCUUUUCCCAAAGUGCUUACACCAGCGAUUUGAAUCUUGAUGGAAUGGAAUGCUACCCCCAUGUGUAGAUAGAGAACCUUUGGCCCUCACCACGCAUCCCUUCAU